AUGGAAGUUGAAACUACAGACGAUAAGAUCAAGGACGACCAGUACUACGAACAGAGAUUGAACAAAGUCAUUAUGUCUAUGCCAGAGGAUGUCAGAGAUAGAUUCAAACUCCUCAAGGUCAUUUCAAGCAAGAAAGACAACACUGUGGAACAAAUUCGGAAAUUAAAUCUAAAAUAUGAGCAAAUUAAGGCCCCGCUUUAUGAUCUCAGGCUUUCUAUCAUCAAUGGAGAGUCCUUCCCAGACGACUACCUUAACAAGUUUGACUUAAAGCACGAACAACUCAGAAGCGAACUUGGAAAUGAUGCUGAUGGCGACGAUUGAGCAGCAGUAGAGAUUAAGACUGAUGAUCUUGUCGACCAACAAGGAGUACCCGGAUUCUGGCUCAAGGUCCUCAAGGCCCAUACUCUAGUCAGAGACUAUAUUAAAAAGCACGAUGAGCCAAUUCUCAAGCACUUAGCCAACAUUACUGGCGAGCAUUUUCCAGACAGAUGUGGCUAUGAGCUCGUUUUCACAUUCAGCGAAAAUGAAUACAUGACCAAUACAGAGUUGAGAAAAGUUUACCACAUGAUUGAUGAAAGAAUCCUUGAAAAGGUAGAAAGCUCCUCUAUUAACUGGAGAGAAGGAAAGGAUCCUACCAAGAAAAUGGUUAAGAAGAAGCAGAAGAACAAGAAAACUGGUGCAGUUCGAACAGUCAUGAAGAAGGGUGACCAGGCUAGUUUCUUCACUUUCUUUAAAUCUAUCACUAUGCCUCCUAAUGAAGAAAUGGACGCUAUGCCAAAAGAAGAACAAGAUGAGCUGACUACCAAGCUUGAUGAAGAUUUCGACCUUGCCAACGACAUUAUCAAUGAGCUUAUCCCAGAAGCUCUUGAGUUUUAUUUGGGAGUAGUUGACGACGAGUUCUCUGAUCUUGAUUCCCACUCCGAUGAAGAUGAAAAUAAUGAUGGUGAAGGAGAGGAUGCUAACUAA